CCCUAAAAAAAAUUUAAAAAAAAAAAAAAUCACUAGAGACAGUUCUCUUGGGUUUCAACAAAGAGCAAAAACUCCGGUGUGCUGUAUUCGCUUCAAGGUUCCUCCACAAUUUUGAUGCUUCGUCUUACUCUAAAUCUUCUCCGUAGAAUCUCAAACAGCGCCACUUCCACAACCCCUUUUCAUCGUUUUUCCCUUCCCACAUUCCUCAAUCACGAUCUGUUCCAGCAACAAUUGUUGUUACGCUUCAUCACUGGCUCUGCUUCCAGCCCCAGCCUCUCAAUAUGGAGGAGGAAGAAGGAGAUGGGCAAGGAGGGUCUGAUUGUGGUCAAAGAGCUCAAGAGGCUUCAGUCCAAUUUCAUUCGUCUCGACCGAUUCAUUUCCUCCCAUGUCUCUCGCUUGCUCAAGUCCGAUCUCGUCGCGGUUCUCUUCGAGCUUCAGAGGCAGAAUCAGGUCUUUCUGUGUAUGAAGUUGUACAACGUGGUUCGUAAAGAAGUAUGGUACCGACCCGACAUGUUCUUUUAUAGAGAUAUGCUUAUGAUGCUUGCAAAGAACAAAAGAGUGGAAGAAACAAAACAAGUUUGGCAGGAUCUGAAGAAAGAGGGAGUACUAUUUGAUCAGCAUACUUUUGGAGACAUUAUUCGUGCAUACUUGGAUAAUGCAAUGCCCUCUGAGGCCAUGGAUAUAUAUCGUGAAAUGAGAGAAUCUCCUGAUAGGCCAUUAUCUUUGCCUUUUCGUGUAAUUUUGAAGGGGCUUAUUCCUUACCCAGAAUUGAGAGAACAAGUUAAAGAUGACUUCUUGGAACUCUUCCCUGAUAUGAUCGUCUAUGACCCACCAGAAGAAUUGUUUGAAGAAGAGUGAAGAUGAUUAACUAAUUAAGGAUGCUGCUCUUGCAGUUGAUUCUUCUUAGUUUUUUGCUGGCAAAAUUACUAUUUUAGCCCCCAAGCUUUCAGGUUUUAUGCUUAACAUGUCUAUAGACUUUUAAAAGUGUCUACGAGGUCUUUAAAUUUUCAAUAUCAUGUCUAAUUGGUUCAUCAACUUUAAAAUCGUCAAAUAAAUUCUUGAAUUUUCAAUUUUGUA